AUGUUGGCCGAAGAGUUCUUCACUUCCAUCUGUGGACCCCCGCUGUCUAGCAACACGGCCAUCGCCAAGGACGUCGGCAUUUACACACACUCUCUAUGGCCAACAUUUGCUGCAAAGUCAGCAUUCAAGAAAAGUGCAACUCCGCCAAACUGCCUUGCCGCCAGUAAGACGCACGUGUUCGCAGCCCAACACGAGAAGGCCUACGUCCAUGUCUACUCACGGCUUCGCGGCAACCAGGAGGCUUUUGUGGCGUUCCCUGAGAGGAUAAGGUGCUUGACGCUGGCCGGCGAUGUGCUCAUCCUGGGGACCGUCGAAGGCAGGGUCAUGCUAUGGGAGACCUGCACCGGGAGACUGGUGUCACUGCCUCCCUGUCACGUCCAGGCUGUGUCCUGCGUCGUGGCAACGCCGUAUCAUCUCCUGACCGGAUCCGACGACUCAAACAUCCACGUAUGGAGUCUCGCUCAGCUGCUGGAACUCGACAGCAAUGAGGAGCGCGAGCCUGUCGUCAGCUUCUCCAACCACAGGGGUGCCAUCACAGCCAUCGCACCGUCCUCGGGCGACAGCGAGGACACAAGUAUCUGCGUAUCCGCGAGCAAGGACAAGACGUGCAUCAUUUGGAACUAUCGAACCGGCGCAGUCCUCCGCACUCUACUGUUCCCAACUUUCCCCUUGUGUGUUGCCCUUGACCCUUGCUCAAGAGGUGCCUUUGUGUCAACAGAGGGCGGUCCCAUCUUCUCUAUCGAAUUCUUUGGCCCCAAGCCGCUGCUCGGGCCAAAGAGCGAAGAAUCAUCUACGGUCGUGCAGGUCACAGCGCCUUUUUGUGUUGCACCCUCAGACUCCGGACCCGCGUCUUGUCUAGGCUUGACCAAUGGCGCAAAAGAGCUGACGAACCUGAAUGCUGCCGUCACAAACAUAAUCUUGGACCCGCCGCUAUCACGCGGUAGCAGACCCACCAAGGCGUGGAAUGUCGUCAAACCAUCUCAAGUGCAACAUGCGUACACCUUUACCGCCCAGUUUGAGGCUGAUCUCAGAUCUGAGACGCAAUUCCACGCAAAGCUCAAAACGCCGGGGUUCUCCAACGAAACCCUCGAAAAUGCGAUUUCGGCUUUUCUGCAGCCAGAAGAUGGGAAAGCCAGCGACGAAAUCUCACCGUUCGGUGCCUCAAAACGGCUUGCCAUUGGAAACCAAUCACCCGGAACCCUGGCCCAGACAUGUUCAAUUGGUCGAAUGCGGCUCAAGAUAACGCAUAAACUGGCCCACGCGGCGGAAACGGGGCUGUCUGUGCCCCUGCGGCUCACUGUCGUUGCAGACGAACCUAGUAGUGCAGUCUGCAACGUCGUUGUGCCGGAAUUGUUUGAUGUACCUGUCCCGGACACCGUCAUUGCUGUGGCUGAUGGCCUCAUCCCGUCGACCGUGGAUCACAUGAUGGCCGGCGUCGUCUCCCUUGCAAUUACGGGGUUCGACACGGGUUCGUUGUAG